GUAGCUGCUCCACUUCUUUGUCCGUUAGCUUUGUGCUCGAUAAUUUCCAUUCAGAUGGCUCCACUUCCACUUCCUCCUCCUCCUCCUCUCCUCCUCCCUUUCCUCCUCCUCCUGUUCGCAUCUCCUACUCUCUCUUCAGUGACCGUAACUCAUCUCCCCGGCUUCAGCGGAGCUCUCCCCUUCCAUCUCGAGACAGGGUACGUGAGCGUUGAUGGUGUGAACGGUGUUGAGCUGUUCUACUACUUUCUACAGUCGGAGAGGGACCCUAAGGAAGACCCUCUCAUCCUUUGGCUCACCGGGGGCCCUGGCUGCUCAGCCUUCAGCGGCCUCGUUUUUGAAAUCGGUCCUUUAAAAUUCGUGACUAAAAGGUAUGAUGGUAGCUUACCAACUUUGGUAUACAACCAUUAUUCUUGGACAAAGGUUGCAAAUAUCAUCUUUCUUGAUUCUCCUGUUGGAUCUGGAUUCUCAUUCUCUAGACAGCCUAAAGGCUAUGUGGUCAGUGAGAUGAGCUCGUCUGUACAAGCCUAUGAAUUUCUAAGGAAGUGGCUUGUUGAACAUCCACAAUACCUUCACAAUCAUCUCUACAUUGCUGGUGAUUCACACGGUGGAAAGAUUGUUCCUGUUGUGACUUACAAGAUUGCGAAAGGUAUUGAAGCAGGUGAUAGCCCACUCCUGAAUCUCAAGGUACGCAUAUAUGCUGGUUAUCUAGUUGGCAAUCCACUUACUGGUGAAUUAGUCGAUCAGACUUCUCAAGUUCCAUAUGCACAUGGAGAGGGCAUCAUAUCAGACGAACUAUUCGAGGAAAUCCAAGCAAACUGCAACGGAGAGGACUAUGUGAAUCUUGAUCCUCUCAAAAUGGCAUGCCGUUUGGCACUUGACAAAUUUCACAUGCUUACAUCAGAAUUUUCCCCUGCCUAUAUAUUUGAUCCUGAAUGUCCUCUUGUAUCACCUCGGAGAAAGCAUAUGUUUGGUGAUAGGUCCUUAGAGGAGAAGUAUUCUGAGAUCAUGCUUCCACCGGUUGUUCCUGACUUCAAGUGCAGAUCUUAUACUUAUUAUCUGUCCUAUUAUUGGGCAAAUGACUACAAGACCAGGGAGGCCCUACAUAUCAAAAAGGGAACAGUGCAAGAAUGGGUCAGGUGCAAUUUUAGCAUGGCUUAUACAUACGACGUCCCGAGUACUGUAGUAUAUCAUCUCAAUCUAACAACAAAGGGAUAUCGAGCGUUGGUGUACAACGGUGACAAGGAUUUGCUUAUAACAUUUAUCGGUACACAAGCAUGGAUAAGAUCGCUUAACUACUCCAUCGUCGAUGACUGGCGAUCAUGGCAUGUGGAUGGCCAAGUUGCAGGCUACACUAGAAAGUAUUCCAACAACUUGACUUUCGCGACGGUAAAGGAUGCUGGUCACACUGCUCCUGAGUACCAGCCCAAGAGUUGCUUCAUGAUGUUUGAUAGAUGGGUAUCUCACAAGCCUCUGUGAUUUAUUAGUCAAAAGGAUAUAUGGAUUUUUAUAGAAGCUAUAUGUGUAGAACUGAUACUGACAAAUUUCAGUUAGUGCUGGAAGUGUCCAUAUCAGAAGAUAGAAAACAAAGUUAGAGCAUCUGGUUUAAUUAGUUACUGUAUACCACUGAUCUGUUCGUCCCCAGUUUCAGCAAUGGGUUGAUUCUUUGUGAGAGAUUGUUUAGUAUUGAGAGGGUCAUCAACGUAUUAUGAGCCUUUUAUGUUGUAACUUGUGAGUAUUCUUUAUAGAGAGUUUCAGAUGCAAUUAACCACUAUGUACUAUUUUCGAGUGAAA